AUGACUACUUUGGAUGAUAAACUGCUUGGUGAGAAGCUCCAGUACUAUUACAGCAGUAGUGAGGGUGAGGAUGAAGACAGUGAGAAAGAAGAUAAAGAAGGGGAGAGCGCCAUUCCUGAAAGCGUUGGGGAAGUAGAGCUUAGCAGUGAUGGCAGUGCAGUCAACACAGGUCCCAAAGGAGUCAUUAAUGACUGGCGAAGAUAUAAACAACUGGAAACUGAACAGCGGCAGGAGCAGCGCAGAGAAAUGGAGCGACUCAUAAAAAAGUUAUCUAUGACAUGUAGAUCUCACUUAGAUGAAGAGACUGAUAAGCAGAAGCAGAAAGAGCUUCAGGAAAAAAUCAAUGGAAAGAUGACGUUACAAGAAUAUAACAUGAUUCACAAUGAUGAAGAUGAUGAGGAAUUUUUGCAGCGCUACAGGAAGCAGCGAAUGGAGGAGAUGAGACAGCAGUUGUACAGUGGGCAGCAGUUUAAACAGGUGUUUGAGAUUACCAGUGGAGAAGCGUUUUUGGACACGGUUGAUAAAGAGCAUAAGAGCACACUGAUCAUGAUCCAUAUUUACGAAGAUGAUAUCCCUGGCACCGAAUCCCUGAACGGCUGUAUGAUCUGCCUAGCUGCUGAGUAUCCGACAGUUAAAUUUUGCAGAGUGAAGAGUUCGCUCAUUGGUGCUAGCACUCGCUUUACUAAUAACGCCCUGCCAGCUUUGCUGAUCUAUAAGGCCGGUGAGCUCAUCGGCAAUUUUGUGCGAAUCACUGACCAGCUCGGAGAAGAUUUCUUUGCUGUAGACCUGGAGGCCUUUCUGCAGGAA